AUGGACCAGGGUUCUACAUCAAGGAUGCUGCUACUGGAGGGGGUCCCCUGUGCUUCUGAGCCCCUCAAACCCAGCCCACGUUUCCGAUGUUCCCGGGUGAUCGCAACACUCCACCCAGCCAGUGCUGUCCAAGAACACGUUCUGGAAGUCCAGUCGCUCACUUCAAAGAAGCUUUGGCCGGGCGCUAACAAACCCUGCAGCAAGCAGCCGCCGCCGCAGACCCAGCACGCCCCGUCCCCGGCUGCGCCCCCGGCCGCCGCCACCAUCUCGGCUGCGGGCCCCGGCUCGUCCGCGGUGCCCGCCGCGGCAGCGGUGAUCUCAGGCCCCGGAGCGGGCGGCGGGGCCGGUCCGGUGUCCCCGCAGCACCACGAGCUGACCUCGCUCUUCGAGUGCCCGGUCUGCUUCGACUAUGUCCUGCCCCCCAUUCUGCAGUGCCAGGCCGGGCACCUGGUGUGUAACCAAUGCCGCCAGAAGUUGAGCUGCUGCCCGACGUGCAGGGGCGCCCUGACGCCCAGCAUCAGGAACCUGGCUAUGGAGAAGGUGGCCUCGGCGGUUCUGUUUCCCUGUAAGUAUGCGACCACGGGCUGUUCCUUGACUCUACACCAUACAGAGAAGCCAGAGCACGAAGACAUCUGUGAAUACCGUCCCUACUCCUGCCCUUGUCCUGGUGCCUCCUGCAAAUGGCAGGGGUCCCUGGAAGCUGUGAUGUCCCAUCUCAUGCACGCCCACAAGAGCAUCACCACCCUUCAGGGAGAGGACAUUGUCUUUCUAGCUACAGACAUUAACCUGCCAGGGGCUGUGGACUGGGUGAUGAUGCAGUCCUGUUUUGGCCACCACUUCAUGCUGGUGCUGGAGAAGCAAGAGAAGUAUGAAGGCCACCAGCAGUUUUUUGCCAUCGUCCUGCUCAUUGGGACCCGCAAGCAAGCUGAGAACUUUGCCUACAGACUGGAGUUGAAUGGGAACCGGCGAAGACUGACCUGGGAAGCCACACCCCGGUCCAUUCAUGAUGGUGUAGCCGCAGCCAUCAUGAACAGUGACUGCCUUGUUUUUGACACAGCCAUAGCACAUCUCUUUGCAGAUAACGGGAACCUUGGAAUCAAUGUAACUAUUUCUACAUGUUGCCCAUGAAGUUCCAGGAGGCUUUCAUAAACCAUGGAAACCAUUUGGGCAUAGUACUCUGUUUAAUAAAGGGUUUUUUAAAUAGAUGUUUUAUUCACUACGUCUUCCCAAGUCAGGACCCACAACUACCCUAUGUUUCAUUUGAACAACAACUUCCUGUCUGUCAUUGAUACAAUUAAACUGUGAUAAAUGGGGUGGGCCUGUUAGUCAUUCAGAGGCUGGUCUGUGAUCUCAAAUCAACUCUAUUAUUAAAUUUUUAUUUACUUCCUGAACAACACUUGUAAGAUUGCUCAGGGCUGCUUCCCUCCUGCCUCGUUACAUUGAUCCUGAUGUGACAAAACAAACAGUGGCUUUCAUCAGAUGCCUUUUGUUUUUAGGAGGCAGAAAUUAUUUUAAUGGAUUUCAAGCUGGGUGGCUGACCAGUUUAUACAGAAUCACCUGGAGAGCUCAUCUCCAACACAGAUUCAGAGAAUCCAUGAAGUUUAACAAUCUCAUCAGGUGAUUCUUUUCAACAAUAGUUUGGAUGACUGGCUUAAAUUGUGGAAGAAGGUCCAGGUUUUAAAGGUGCUCUUAAGGUUGUCCUCUACUGAUACUGUUGGUCUUUCUACUAUUUCCUGCCCCCAGCCUCUGCCCACCUUCAUGUUGAAACCAGAACUCUAGAUCCACAUGAAUACACUCCCAAGGUUUGGUUGCUGUCUUGUGUUUUGGGUGGGUUGUGUAGGAAAGCGGGUCUCGUGGCCUGUAGAGUUCUCACGUGAUUAGCUGUUGCUCACUGUAGUGAGGGUGACCUGUUUACACAUGGCUUCCCUUAGAGGCCUUCCUUGACAGUAGCUGGUGUGAAAAACUAGAUCAGUGGUUAGGAAAACUUUAUAACCAGUGUCACAUGCUUGCUAUUUAAAGGUAUGUGUCAAUUGUGUGGGCUUGGUUUAUUGUUUUGUUUUGUUUUGGGCGGAGCACACUCACCUUAAUUUUUUAAUAAAUUUUUUUCCAAACA